CAUACGCUUCCAAUAGUGUACCUCUCACAAGGUCUCUCAGCCAUUAUUACCCACUGUACGGCUAUGUCUAUGCAGUGACAGCAGCGACGAGAACCCAGAGCCUCCCCUGACGAUCGAGCGUUGUCAACAUCUAUAUAUCCGUCGUUAUCGUUCGCCUCCGUUGGACUGACUCGAAAACAUGGCCGCCUUAUUAUGGGCUGUUUAAUAGUCUGUCGACAAAGCAAUGGCGACUCGACGGGUUGCGGAGGUGUCAAAGGGUCAACCAUCAGGGAGCCGAGCUGCAACGCCCGCACUUAGCCGGUCCGAGACGAGUAGCGGCAGUAAACCUUCAACGCCUGGAGAGCCAACCCGGAAUCAGAUCGACUUUCAAUUCUUGAAUUUCAGUCACCCAUCGGAUGCCAAAGCAUCGCGUGCUCGUAGGACUGUCCGCAGUCAUGUCACCCGACAGCAGCACCAACGUGAACAGAGGCUUCAGCAAGAACGACGGGCGCGUAGUUAUCAAGGCCCGUCGACCGAAACCGAUGCUCCACCUCUACAGCGUGCACACGCGGAGAUAUUUCCUCUUCAGAGACCAACUAUACUGGAGCUACCCUCACCGACAGCUACUCGGCCGCCGCUGGCGAGCAGCCCAGAGGCGUCAUCUGCCUCUCCGUCUCCUACAACGUCUCCAACGGAUCCCUUCGAACGACGCAUCGAGCCCUCAGAAGUGUAUCCCGAGGAAUGGCUUCCCUCCGUUCCGCGCGUGAUGGACUACUAUCUUUCCAUCGUAUCGAUCGACAUUCCCGAUCUGGAGGAUUCGGAGGCGGCAGGGCUGUUGCGAACCCGUUUCUUCCCAUUCGUCAUGACAGAUCCGGCGCCUCUUCACGCCGUGAUGCUGAUGGCGGCUUCGCAUUACAGCCGGAUUUGCGAGCCACGAGCAUUGACGAUUGACCUUCUGCAAUUACGCGGAAUGGCCAUCCGAGAAAUCAAUCGCGCGCUCGAGGAUCCUUUACGAGCAAGGAGCGAUCAACUCAUAGCGGCUGUCGCGAAGAUGGCGUGCUAUGAAGCGCUCUUUGGUGACCGUGCCAUAUUCAACACGCACAUGACGGGUCUACUACGUCUUGUCAGUCUGCGUGGAGGUUUACCUGCUCUUGGUCUCGACGGUCUGCUGGAACGGAUCCUCCUUUGGAUCGACGCGAACGCGACACACAUCGUUGGGACGCACCUGUACUUUGACAAGCAAGCUUUCCCAACGUCAGCCGUCCACCCACGGCCGGGUCUUCAACGUUUCACAUGCGGCGUCUUGCAAGAAUAACAUGAGGGUCGAGCUGUCUGCCGGCGUUCGCCGCGACAGCGUGAUAUGCCGAAGCCGUUCUCGUAGCUGUGCCGACGCAAGCUUGCCCUUGGCACGGACUGCAUGAGAUGGUGCGCUCGACUGUCGCCCGUCGGAAGGAGGAACGCGAUAACACACGUAAUGUCUCGCUAGUCUUGCAUCAGAUACCCAGAAAGCAAAGAAGUUACUUGUUCGGACGCCCAGACGAAGUCGCAGCUGUCAAGUUGGCGAAGAGGUGCGCGUUGGGCUCGUCAGUUGUCACUCCACCUGCGCCAAGCGACCAGGCCAUUCAGAAGCCAUUACGCGUG